CUCUAAUAUCGUCAUUUUCUUUCCUUGCUUGUGCGUGGGACUUAUUGGUCUGCUACGGAGAACCUGUGAGAGGGAGGAGAGGAUCACACAUAUUUAAUUAUUCAUCAAGCGCAAUUUACAGCCUCUCUCUCUCUCUCUCUCUCUCUCUCUCUCUCUCUCAGCAGCGAUGAUGAAGCCACGGCUGUACUUGGGGGCGGCGACCGCCGUUGUUGUUGUGGUCUCUGCUUGGUUCGCCCGUAACCACGUCGGGCCCUCCCACGGUGGAGAGCCUUGGCCACACGAGGUUGUUCCGUUAACGGAGAACAUCGGCGGUGUGGGACCGGAGAGCUUCGCCUUCAGCCCCGACGGCCAAGGCCCUUAUACCGGCGUGUCCGACGGCCGGAUCAUCAGAUGGGAUCAGAAUGAAAAGCGUUGGGUUAAUUUUACGGCCACUUCUCCACACAGAGAAGGGUGUGGAGGAACAUCGUACGCGGAACAUCGUAAAACAGAGCAUAGGUGUGGUCGAGCACUCGGGUUGUGCUUCAGCCCAACUGGUGAUCUCUACAUCGCCGAUGCUUAUUUCGGCCUUCUUGUUGUCCCCUCCAAUGGAGGCAUCCCCACUUGUAUCACAUCUCAAGUAAAAGACACUGCUCCCUUGGCGUUCACCAACAAUCUGGAUAUUGAUCAAACCACUGGAGUUGUUUACUUCACCUCCAGUAGCUCCAUAUUUCACAGACGGGAUUACAUUUCUCUGAUACUUAGCGGAGAUGAAACAGGGAUGGUGAUGAAAUAUGACCCAGAAACCAAACAUGUGAGUGUUGUUCUGAGGAAUGUGUUGUUUGCAAAUGGGGUGGCUCUGAGCAAAGACGGUGAUUAUAUUCUAGUGGCGGAGACGGGUAAGUGCAGAGUACUGAGGUAUUGGCUGACAACAUCAAAAGCUGGAACCUUGGAGGUGUUCGCUGAGCUCCCAGGUUUCCCAGACAACAUUAAACGCAGUCCGAGAGGGGGGUAUUGGGUAGGAAUCUUUGCGAGACGAGAGAAACUUGUUCGGUGGAUUCUGUCAUAUCCCUGGAUUGGGAAAGCCAUGCUUAAGCUUCCUUUGGACGUUACAAAAGCGUAUUCGUAUUUGGCCAAGAUAAAAGGCAAAACGGGAUUCGCAAUUCGGUUGAGUGAAGAAGGUGAAGUAAUGGAAAUGGUUCAGGGGAGGGAAAGAGGGGGAUCAGUGAGUGAAGUGGAAGAAAGAGAUGGGACAUUAUGGGUGGGAUCUGUAGAUGCUACUUUCGUUGUCAAGUAUCAGAUUCCUACUGCAUGAGGACAGCAUCAGCGACAAGACUUGACUAUAACAAUGAUAACCUAUAUAGUGUUGAUUCUAUACAGAAACCUAUAAAGAAGUUCCUUGUGAUAAGAAAACGUGGCUCCUAAUUUACCAAUA